UUAUACUUUUUCAAAGUGUCCAGCAAGCUGUGUAUAGUGCUGGUGGGGAUGGUGGUUCAUGUGGUGUAUGCAUAUACAUGUGUGUAUAUAUAAAGGGCUUGUUGGUUGUGUUAGAUUAAAAAUUACAAAGUUAAAGAAUGAAGGCAUUUGUGGCAUUGGUGUGUUUCCUGGCUGCUGCGCAACAGUCUCAAGCCCAGCUGCUGGGAAUGCUGCACUUUGGCAGGUCGGCAUUGGACUCCUUGGCCUCGGGCUAUGAUAAGCCUCCAUACACGGUGGUUUACGAAGGCAAGGGCUACGAAGAGCGGAUGUACCCGAGCCGGAAGUGGGUGUGCACCAAUUCAACAGCCGACGACGAAGGCAGGAUCACCUACAUGUUCUACCGUCUCUUCGACUACAUCACCGGCGCCAACUCCAGAGGGGUGAAGAUUGACAUGACGAUCCCGGUGGCAUGUCUGGUCCCGUGGGGAGGCGACGACACCCUGCGAAUGUGUUUCUACGUGCCCGAGGCGUUCCAGUCCAGCACCCCGACACCCACUGACCAACGGGUUCACAUCGUCGCCGAACCCGACAGUCGGGUUGCAGUCAGGAAAUUCUCUGGAUACCCUUCACUGGCCGAGUGGAGCAGAGAGGCCGAGAAGCUCAAGACGAGUCUGGCCAGUGACUCUCGCCUGACUGGCUACGACACUAGCCACUAUUUGCGAGCAGGUUACGACGCCCCCUGGAAGUUCUACAACCGACGCAACGAAGUCCUCAUUGUCAGCAAAGCCAGUGCUGGACACUUGCCUGCUUUGCCGUGA